AGCCUAGCGAACGGACUGACAAAAUAUGCUGGCGCUAUGUACGUUGACGAUCUCGCUGAUGUUGCUGCUGCUGCUUCCGGAUGAGUCGCAUUCCAUGGCCAUUACUAAUGGGCACUGUCAGAAGAACAUCAGCGUCAAGUACCAAGUGCCGGUGACCAAGACCAAGACCAGGCUGUUGGCCAAUGUAAGUGCUGCGGAUGCGGAUGCAGUUGCCGAGCAGUAUGUGGUGUAUGAGGAGCGCGUGCGCUGGGACACUGUGCAGGUCUGCUGUCCGGGCUAUCGCACCAUUAUCUUUGGCUUCUGUGAACCCAUUUGCGUGGAGGCGUGCCCCGCCCACAGCUACUGCGUGGAGCCGAACAAGUGCCACUGCAUGCGUGGCUACGAGCACUCGCAUCAUGCCAACAAGCAGCAUCAGUUCAGCUGUCGUCCGAUCUGCGCCGGCGGCUGUCCGGAGCACAGUCAUUGUGUGUACCACAACGAGUGCGAGUGUCGUCCUGGCUACAAGGAUAUGAGCAGCUGGUUCAGUCUGCAGCUGCGCUGCGAGCGUGUGCAGUGUGGCCAGGAGCAGCGCUACGAUACGCACCGACGUGCCUGCGUCAAGAUCGAGAUGAGCAUGGAGGAGCUAAUGCAGAAAGUGGCCGAACGCUUGGCCCAGGGACUGGAGGCGGCAACUGAGGCGGUUUCAGAGUAAUUCAAUUUUAUAAAAUCAACUUUAUUGUUGUAAUAAUUCAAACAAUCGAAUAUAUCCCGUCGUUUCAGUAAAUAAAACAAUUUGUCUCAUAUAAUAAUUGUAGGCUUACACACUAAAUAAUUAACUAAAUAGUUAUGGAAAAGCUGUAGGCAAGCUAUCAGCGCAACUUCAUCAACAAGCUCGCACUCAUACCAACUGAGUAGCGUGAAUAAUUAAUUAUUAUAAACAAUUUCUAGAUACAAUCUAUAAGCAUAGGCUGGCUGGCACUCGAAGGCUUUGGGAAAAGUCUCUUAAAUUCAUUUUCAAUUUAAAGCUCAAGUUAGGCUGCUCUCUCUCUCACUUUCUCUCUAUUUCGUUAGGGUUUUU